AUUACUUAUAAUAUAUUUACACAUUAUAUAUACUUAUACACAUUCAUACAUUUUAUAAAACUAGUUAAUUGUUACACUUCUCAUUUUUCUAUUAAAUUAGUUAAUUGUUACAUUUCUCUACAUUUCUCUUUAAACAAAAAAAAAUUAGUUACUUGUUACAUAUCUCAUAUUAAUAUUAGUUAAUUUUUAUACAUUUAUCUUUAAACUAUCUCAAUUUUCCUGUUUUUUUAAGACAAUUUUGUAACUAUAUUAUAAAUCCGGCUGACAUCGACACUUGUGAAAAAAUUGUUAAUGUUUUGGUAUAUUUUAAUAAUGCAACUCAAACUUUUAGUCAUGUUUAUAAACCUACCGCAAACGAAUUUUUUGUUGAAGCUGUUAAUCUCAUCGACGCUUUUUGUGAAUUUGCCGAUGCCGCUUACGUUAGUUAUUUUUGUGAUUUCAUGAAACAAAAGUUUUUUAAAAUAUUAUUCACAUAUUCUGCAUAUAUAUGGUAUUGCAUUUAUUCUCGAUCCUCGUUAUAAACUUGCUUACUUGGGAACUUGUAUAGAUUACUAUUAUGCUUCUUUUUUUCCAACUCAAGAGUUCGAUGAUAAUCCCAUAGACCCUAAACAAGAAUUCAACGAGGUUAGUAAUUUAUUUCAUCAAUUGUAUAAUGAAUUUUAUGCACAAUAUGGUAAUGCACCCCCUCCCCUGUCGCGAACAUCUUCUUCAUCUAAAGGAAAAUCACUUUUAAAAUCUGCAUUUGGUUCUCUUAUGAAAAAAAGUAGAGCAACUCCCGCUACUAAACAAAGCUCAGUUAACGAGCUUUCUUUGUAUCUAACAUUGAAUGUUGAUUAUGAAGUUGGGGAUGACUUUGACGUUCUUAAGUGGUGGAAGGAAAAUGAAAGAACGUUCCCGGUUUUAACAAAGAUGGCUAAGCAAGUGCUAAGAAUGCCGAUAUCAACAGUUGCCGUGGAACAAGAAUUUAGUGCCGCCGACAACGUCCUAACCGAUUAUAGAACGAGAUUGAGCCCGAGCACUCUUGAGACGCUAGUUUUCUUCCACGAUUGGUUGAAGGCCCAACGAAGAACUCAAGAAAUGAGCAUCGCUCCCACCCGCAACUUUAUGGAGGAAACAACGGAAGGCGGAG